AUGCAGGCGGCCGCCGGCACGCCCAAUUCCCGAUCCAAAUUUGGCCGCGAGUCGACCAUCAGCGGAUCCCACCCGCAGUACAGCCGCCCGGCAGCCGCGCGCGCCAGCCCCCCGAAACAAAUAUCCCACCCGCAAAGGUGGGAAGCAGGCCGCUGCCCGAGGCCUGCGGGCGGCAAGGCUUUUGGGGCUGACGGCCAGCCGAGCUCCAAUGGCUCGCGCCGUGACGUCUUGACGGGGUGGGUGCUCGUUUGAUACCGCAGAGAAACUUAUGCGUCGACGGUCCAUGUGAUGUUUCCAGAAGAUCUUUCUUUUCUUGUCGACGGCUACCCCCGGCCAACAGCCCGAUUCCGCUGUGCCAAGGCGGACAUCA